AUGAAACCGUUCUUUGGCUACAACGAGACGCUGGAAGAGGAGUCGAGCGACGAGGAGCUGUCAUUCGCGGAUGAGGCACUUGUGGACAUUGACGUGACUGCCGUGGAGUUGCCGUACGUGGGUGUCGAGUGGAUUCCACCGACGUUUAAUGACGUCAAGCGUUUAUUCUCACAGGCUGGGUUGGUUUACUCGGAUAGACGCCAAUCCAUGCUACCCGGAACGCUUGAAAACUUGCUCUUUUUGCAAAAGAAUCGAGCUCUCUGGAAUGAGGCGACCGUGGAUUGUGCAGCAGCCAAGAACCCCAAAGAAGUGAAAGAUUCGCGAAGCAGUCUCGCCCGACAUGUAGUUACUUCGUGUUUCUGA